AUGGAAGACAAAGUACAAAACCGUGAAGGAAAUGAUCUUUCGAACCCCGAUGGCUCGUUGAGCAUUUCUAGGGACAAUCUUUUUCAAGAGACUGAUCUUAAUCCAUCCGAAAAAAGAAAUGCCCCUACAAAAUCAGCCAUUCCCAACGGUUCAGACAAGGUGAGCUUAAGGUCUGAUGAUAUGAUAGAGAGCUUCAACUACAGAGACUGGCUUCUGGAAAAGUAUCAAAACCCAGAAAGAUGUCGAAAGAUGACAAUUAGCGUAUCCUUCCAGAAUCUUAACGUCUAUGGAUUCAACACUCCGACGGACUACCAGAAAACCGUUUCGAAUUAUGUUUUUGUGGUUUAUAACAAAGUCCUCCGUUUUUUUGGCCAUAAGGAAGAAAUGCGAGUCAACAUUCUCAGAGACUUCGAGGGUUUAGUUCGUAGUGGAGAGAUGCUCAUGGUGCUUGGAAAACCGGGUAGUGGCUGCACGACCUUGCUCAAGACAAUUGCGGGACAGACUCAUGGCCUAUUUGUGGACUCUGCAUCGCAAUUAAACUAUCAAGGAAUUCCGAGCAAUGUGAUACAUUCCGAAUUUCGAGGCGAAUGCAACUAUAGAGCAGAAUCUGAUGUUCACUUUCCACAUCUGACUGUCUCACAAACCUUGGCCGUACCUACACGGGCCAGAACACCGGCAAAUUCUCUGUUCCAUGGCUCUGACCCACGAGCAUCUACCAAACGAACUAUCAUGGCUACAGCCGCUGCUCUAGGCCUUACUGGUACGCUGGACUCUAAAAUUGGCAAUGACUUUAUACAAGGACUCAGUGGAGGAGAGCGUCAAAGAACAAGCAUUGCUGAAGUUGUUGCAUGCGAAACAUCGAUUCAAUGUUGGGACAAUAGCACGCGCGGUCUGGAUAGCUCAAAUGCGCUCAACUUUGUCAAGGUUCUUCGUACAGCAGCUCAAGUGACAGGAUCAACUCAUCUUGUUACUAUGUAUCAGGCUGCACAGGAUGUUUACAACUUGUUUGAUAAAGUGAUACUUCUUUAUGAAGGCCGUCAGAUAUACUUCGGUCGUACCGAUGCCGCGAAGGAAUACUUCGCUCAUCUCGGGUUUGUUUGUCCCACGCGAGCUACAACUAGCGACUUUCUAGCUUCUCUCACCAAUUCUGUUGAAAGGAUGCAACUCAUAAGCCAAGGCUUUGAAGCGAAAGUUCCGCAAACUCCAGACGAUUUUGCACGAGCCUGGAAGGGAAGUGAUGAACGAGUAAAGCUCAUGGAAGAUAUCAUGGUCUACAAUCAAGAAUUUCCUAUGAACGAGGAAAAUCUCAAUAGACUACGGGCUGACCAGAAACUGUAUAAGGCUGCCGGGCAGCGAGAAAAGUCUCCUUAUAUCAUUUCGUUCUUUUCCCAGGUUAUCAUGUGCCUAAAUCGAUGUUUUCAGAGAUUGAUCAACGAUAUUGCACCUCCUAUCUCGAGCAUUGGCGGCAAUGCAAUCAUCUCAAUCAUUUUGGGUAGUAUGUUUUACAACUUAGCUGAAGAUACCAGUAGCUUUUAUGGACGCGGCGUUCUGAUCUUCUUCACUGUUCUAACCAACACUUUUCUUGGUGCGUUCGAGGGCGUCGUGUUGUGGGAUCAACGGCCGAUUGUCGAAAAGCAUUUCCAAUAUGCAUUAUAUCAUCCCGCUGCGGAAGCUAUCGCCUCAAUGAUUGCCGAUCUUCCAAACAAAAUACUGUUGACAAUAUCUUUCAACGUGCCGUUUUACUUUUUGGCAAAUUUGCGACGAACUCCGGCAGCAUUCUUGACAUUCUUUGUAUUUGCAUUUUGCAGCCUUCUAACUGGUUCAAUGUUAUUUAGAACUAUAGGAGCAAUGUCAAAAACCUUGACUGGAUCGAUUGCACCAGGAGCGUGCUUUAUCUUGUUAUUAAUGACAUACACAGGAUUUGUGCUACCAAUUUCUAGCAUGCAUCCUUGGUUUCGAUGGUUUAAUUAUAUUGAUCCAGUCUACUAUACCUUUGAAAGCUUGAUGAUCAACGAAUUCUCUGGUCGUCAAUUUUCUUGUGCCCAUUUCAUUCCGGAAGGACCUGAAUAUACUCAGGUUCAUCGUAAUGGGAGGCAAUGUUCAACAGUAGGCGCGACUCCCGGAGCAAGUGUUGUUGAUGGAGAUGCUUAUCUUGCUAGCGCAUUUCAGAUGGACACAGCCGUUUUAUGGAGGAAUCUUGCGAUCAUACUAGCAUUCGGUGUUUUUCUUUGUGGACUGUACCUCUUAGCUACUGAGUAUAUUUCUGCCGCGCGAUCCAAGGGUGAAGUUCUGAUUUUAGACAUCUCACAUAGAGAUGAAGAAGACCCACCCUCGCACAAUACUCAAAACAACCCACAUACUACUUUAACAGUCGUUAGAGACGAUAUCGAUGCUGACCAUAAUAAUAAUAAUAAUAAUAAUAAUAAUAAUAAUAACAAUAAUGACAACAAACACGCUGCAACAUUUAUAUGGGAUGAACUCUCCUAUGAUGUGCAUACUCAUGGGACAUCAAAACAGAUCCUUGAUGAUAUCGAAGGAUGGAUCAAACCUGGAACACUGACAGCUUUGAUGGGUCCAUCAGGUGCAGGAAAGACCAGUCUCUUAAACGUUCUAGCAAACCGAACAACAACGGGGGUCAUUCGAGGAGGAAAAUAUGUCGAUGCUAAGUAUCAAGAUGAUGGUUUUGCACGCAAGGUGGGCUAUGCUCAGCAGCAAGAUUUACAUCUCUCAACGUCAACUGUUCGGGAGGCCCUGAUAUUCAGCGCACGACUGCGUCAGUCAAAAAUGUACUCGGACAAGGAGAAGAUAGAAUGGGUUGAUGAUCUGAUUCAUACCCUAGACAUGUCAAGUUUUGCUGAAGCUAUAAUUGGGGUGCCAGGAGAGGGUUUGAAUGUCGAGCAAAGAAAGCGUGUAACUAUAGGAGUUGAGCUUGCUGCUAAACCCGAGCUUCUUCUUUUUCUAGAUGAACCUACAUCUGGUCUCGAUAGCAAUACUGCCUGGUCUAUCUGUACCUUGUUGAAAAAGCUGGCCAAUGAAGGCCAAGCAAUUCUGUGUACCAUUCAUCAACCAUCCGGAAUACUCUUUGAGAUGUUCGAUCGACUUCUCUUUCUCCACGAAGGAAAAUCUGCAUAUUUUGGGGAACUUGGACAGAGUUCACGAACCUUGAUUGAUUACUUUCAACGGCAUGGAUCUCGAGAAUGUGGAGUUGACGAAAAUCCCGCGGAGUGGUUACUCGAAGUUGUCGACAAGUCAGCUGUCUCUUGGACCGAUAUCUGGAGCACUUCCGAGGAAAGAAAACUCAUCAAGAAAGAUCUGGUUACAAUGAAGCGUGAACUUUCCUAUUCGCAUGAUUUGGCUAAUGAAUCUUCGUCGAACGAAUUUGCGACAUCUUUCCUCUACCAAUUGUAUAUUGUAACUAAAAGAAACUUUGAGCUUGACUGGCGAACUCCAGCCUACGUAUAUUCCAAGUUCUUUCUAACUCUUGGAGCAGGACUCAUCAAUGGAUUCUCAUUCUACAACUCAAAGACCAGUAUCCAAGGAGUCCAGAACCAAAUCUUCUCCACCUUCCUCCUUCUCACCCUUCACGGAAAUCUCGUACAACUGACCCUACCCCACUUCAUGGAUAGUCGCACCCUCUACGAAGCACGCGAACGCUCCUCACGAACUUACUCCUGGAUCGUAUUCGUCCUAUCAAACAUAAUCGCUGAGCUCCCCGGUAUAUUUUUUCUCGCCGCCAUCCAGUUUGUAUCGUGGUACUAUCCAAUUGGAAUGUACCGGUAUGCUCUCGCGACUAGCUCUCUGAGCUCGCGGGGAAUACUAAUGUAUCUCGUCAACGUAUCAUUUUUCCUCUUCUCCUCCACCUUUUCGCAAAUGCUGGGCACCAUCAUGCCAGAUCCUGCCACCGGCGUUAAUAUCUCUGCACUUCUCUACACCUUGUCCCUGAUCUUUGCGGUCCCAAUCACCUCCCUCCCCAAAUUCUGGACCUUCAUGUACCGCAGCACCCCCGUCACCUACCUCGCUUCCUCCCUCCUCUCCACCGGCAUCUCAGGUGUCAACAUCACCUGCGCCCCCAAUGAACUCCUCCACAUUAUCCCUCCCUCCCCUCUCACCUGCGCCCAAUAUCUCUCAUCCUAUCUACAGACCUCAGCCGCACAUCUACUCAGCCCUGAAAGUCUCACCGUCUGCGAUAUUUGUCCGGUAGGAAACACAAAUACGUUGUUAGCAAGCGUGGGCGUGUACUAUGAGCAUCGCUGGAGGGAUCUGGCAAUUUCGUUGGUGUAUAGCGCGGUGAAUGUGGGGGGCGCGUUGGGGCUUUAUUGGAUGGUGAGGGUGCCGAGGAAAUUGGGGAUGGAGAGGAAGGUGUGA